AUGAAUGCUACGCAUCCGCAAUGCCACGAGAUUUAUCAGGAACCAACAGUCGACAAUGUGGUGGUCAUGGCACAGUUGAUGCUGGUUUUCUUUGGCAUUACUAGCAAUCUACUACUUUUACUACAAUUCUCCGGCAGAGCGAAACUCGGAACUGCAAGCUUCACCUACCUUCGGAUAAUUGCCAUCAUGCAGUUCAUAUUCUUCAUCGUACCAUUUCCACUCAAAAUCCUCACUGGACACUAUCAAAGAGGCCAGACAUGGCUUGCCACAAAUUUUCUGCCCGUUGCGAUCGGGCUCUUCCAUUUCACCAUUUCAUCUCUUUGCUUCUGCUUCGCUUUUCGACUACAGCUGCUGCUAAAUUAUGUUCGGAGAUCAAGACGUUGGAACACUCUGCCUUGGGUGGCUUGGCGAAAAAUUUGCUGGAUUCUGCCAUUUGGAGUGAUUUUGAACGUCUCACUCUGUUUCGAGUACAACUUAGAGUAUGACUUUUGCCUCAUUGGUAACCAACGACUAGUAGUUGGACGAGCUAAGUUGUCUGAAACCGCGCGUCAGGACCAUAUCAAGAUGGAAGUCAUUCGCUUCACGCCUACCGUAGUUUAUUGGAUAGGAGUUUUUUGCUGCUUCUGCUUCAUCAUAUCCGAGCGCUGUCUCUUUCCACAAAUUGGAUCACCAUAUGCGGCUAAACAUGCUCCGCUUUUUGCCAACCUUCGUCCGCUUUUGCUGGCGCUGAUGACAUCGCAGUCAGUAGUACAUCAGCCAAGCACAUUUUGUGCGUUACAGGGAUGUGAAAUAGAUGAAGCAUUCAAGCUGAUCUUAUACGGGCUCUCCUACUCCGUGUUGUUUCCUCUCAUGCUCGUCAUGAGUACAACAUUUCGCUCACAUUUCUUUCAUAUAGUCACGAACUACGUUCAUGGGCGCCCUAAAGUGCGCAAGGAUUCGGCACUACGGAAAGUUACCAAGCAUAUCACACGAGUUGUUGCCUACAGCAAGCUGGAAAUGGAAAAUUCUGAACUCGACAACAGAACCUACACGAGUGCACGUCCCCAAAGCUUGCGAGCAAUGCUGAAAGAGGACGCAAUUUAUCGCAUUCGCUUUGCCAUGCCUCAGAGUGUUGGUGUUAUUCAAGAGGAGGAUGAAAACAGCGAAGCACGACACGAGGAGGAAGCGACAGUUGCUAGGGCAUUCCUGGAAAGUGCCCAGUUCCUCGAAAGACCAGUAUUUGUAGACGAAGACUCCAAUAGUGGCUUCAGUGAACACAUGCUAUAACAAAUGUAAAAUUGUUUUGCUCACUCUCACUCCUACCGUGUGAAUCUUUGCUUACUAUCUGAUAAUGACAAUAAUUCUCAUAUUGGCUCGUGGUAUGUGAGUGACUACAAAUCCUAAAUUGAAGCUUUCGCUUUUUCUGUUGUUCGAAGUUUGCAGUUGUUCAAACGUUUGGCAUUCGAAGCUCCAUGUGAUAACUGGACGUUAUUGAUGUGAAAAUAUAAUUUUUGCGAGAGGAUGUGAAGCAACUAGCUAAAACAU